AGAAGAGUGGGAAUGCUCGGGAGAUAGUGUUCGAUAUAAAAAAACGCCUCGAAAAUGAACGGGUGUUUGAAUUUCUUACUGGUUUGAAUCGGACCCUUGAUGAUUUUCAUGGAAGAAUUCUAGGUCAUUGUCCCUUACCAUCAACAUGCGAAGUUUUCUUAGAAGUGAGAUGAGAAGAAAGUAGGCGUAAGGUGAUGCUGAAGGAGACAGUCUCUACUGAUCAUACUGGACCAGAAAUGUGUUCCUUGGUAUCUCGAGGGACUAUUCCAGGAUCUAGUUCAAGACAACAUAAAGGAUGCCCCUGGUGUGAACACUAUCAAAAAACUGGCCACACUAAGGAGACAUGUUGGGAGAUACACGGGAAACCAGCUAAUUGGAAGCCACGGCAAGGCAACAAAAAUCGUGGCUACCAAGCCACGGUUGACAAACAAGCUGAAAGACCUCAAGGGGAGAAAAGCAAUAAUAAUUCCAAUUCAAGUGGCGCAUUUAACUCCUAGCAGUUGGAACAACUCUACAAAAUGUUCUCUACCUUUUAGACUUCGGGUCAAUCUUCCACAAAUAGUUAUUUAGGUUCUUUAGCCCAAAGAGGUAAUUUUUUGCAAGCCUCGAGUAUAAAUUGUAGAUCCAAAACUCCUUGGAUUAUUGAUUCUGGUGCCUCUGACCACAUGAUCGAUGCCUAUCAUCUUUUUUCAUCAUAUUCAUCCUAUGCUGGAAAUUUGAAAGUUAAAAUUGCAGAUGAAUUACUCUUGUCUGUCGCGGGCAAAGGGAAUAUCCGACUCUUUUGACUCCAUCACAUUGGAGUUUAUUCUUCAUGUUCCUAAUUUAUCCUGCAACUUACUAUUCAUUAGCCAGUUAACUGAAAAUUCCAAUUGUUUUGCUAAAUUUUUUCCCUCUUAUUGUGUUUUUCAGGACCUAUCAUCGAGGAAGAUGAUUGGCAGUGCUAAGGAAUAUGAGGGACUCUACUACUUUGAGGAGGCUACUAUUAGUGAACAAUAUCAAAUUGCUAGUUGUGAUUCUGCAUCUAUUCCUAAGGAUAGUAUUAUUUUCUUAUGGCAUUUUAGAAUGGGUCAUCCCAAUUUCCAGUAUUUGAGAUAGUUAUUUCCGUCCAUUUGUUGAAUAAAACAUCAUUUUAUUUUCAAUGUGAAAUUUGUGAAAUUGCAAAACACCAUCGUACUUCUUUCCCAAAAUCCAAAUACAAACCAACAUCACUGUUUACUAUGAUUCACAGUGAUGUAUGGGGCCCAUCUAACACUCUCAAUUGUACCCACACAAAAUGGUUUGUUACUUUCAUUGACGAUCAUACUCGUAUUUGUUGGGUAUACUUGUUGAAAGACAAAAUUGAAGUGCGUUUUGUGUUUAUCAAUUUUAAUUCCAUGAUUCAAAUACAAUUUCACUGAAAAAUUCAAAUUAUGCGUACAGAUGGCACUGAAUAUUUUAAUCAUAUUCUGGGAAAUUAUUUACAAGAACAUGGAAUAAUACAUCAAAGUUCAUGUGUCGACACACCCCAACAAAAUGGGGUUGCCGAACGGAAAAAUAAACAUAUCCUUGAGGUAGCUCGUGCAUUGUUGUUUACUACCAAUAUGCCAAAAAUGUUUUGGGGGGAUGCCAUUCUCACAGCUACCUAUCUCAUCAACAUAAUGCCUAGUCGAGUUCUCUCUUUUGCUUCAGCUCUUCAAAAAUUCUAGGCAUUUUUUCCAAACUCCCGCCUUAGCUCAAAUCUCUCUCCAAAAGUGUUAGGUUGUACUGCUUUUGUCCAUAUACAUCAUCGACAUAAACUAGAUCCACGCGCCCUCAAGUGUGUCUUUCUUGGCUAUUCUCCUACCCAAAAAGGGUACAAAUGUUAUGAUCCUGCAACAAAAAGGGUAUUCGUUAGUCUCGAUGUUACUUUCUUUGAAACUACUCCUUACUUCCAAAAACCCUCACUUCAGGGGGAGACUUUGGGUAGUAAAGAAACUCAAGUUUUGGAUUUCAAUAUCUUUGUUAUUGCACCUGUACCAAACACUGAGCUUGUCUUGAAAAAUGCUUCUAACUUGCCAAAUAAAGAAGAAAACUUGAAUUCAGGGGGAGAUGCAGGAAAACAAUAUAACAAGGAGAUACUUGUGUGCUCAAGAAAGCCAAAUUAAAGGACACAGAGAAUCUUAUACCUGAAGCACCCAAAGAGUCGGAAUCGAUGAUAGAUCCAAGCAACCAUGAGUCUUCAUCCACUCCUGAUCAGGUAAUGUCUUCAAGUAAUCUUGAGUACCCCUUUGAUAAACCUGCACAGGAUGAUCUCAAUUUACCCAUUGCAGUCAGAAAACAAACUAGGUCAUGUACUCAAUAUCCCUGGUCAAAAUACAUGUCUUAUAAAAUCUUGUCUACAGAAUAUUGUGCUUUUACUUCUAACCUUGACAGGAUAAAAAUUCCAAAAAAUAUCUAGGAAGCCUUGAAGAUUUUGGAAUGGAGGGAAGCUAUAAUGGAGGAAAUGUGGGCUCUAGAAAAGAAUGGAACUUCGUACGUUACGAAUUUGCCGAGAGGGAAGAAACCUGUUGGUUGUAAAUGGGUCUUUACAGUGAAAAAUAGAACUGAUGGGACAGUUGAAUGGUAUAAAGCCUGACUUGUUGCAAAAGGGUUUACACAGACCUAAGGCAUUGACUACACGGAGACAUUUGCACCAAUGGCAAAAUUGAAUACAGUUCGGGUCCUCCUGUCCUUGGCAACCAACUUGGAUUGGGCACUGCAGCAACUUGACAUUGAGAAUGUAAAGAAAGUCCUAGCUGCUGAAUUUGAAUUUAAAGGCUUGGGACAAAUGCGAUACUUCUUAGGAAUGGAAGUUGCUAGAUCAAAAAAGGGUACCAGUGUCUCUCAGCGAAAGUAUAUCCUUGAUCUCCUAACUGAAACUAGCAUGCUUGGAUGCAAACCUAGUGAAAUCCCCAUUGAAGCAGUAAAGAGAAUUGAAUACUGCGGUCCUGUGGAAUAUCAGUUGAAAAGGAGAGGUAUCAAAGAUUGGUUGGUAAACUCAUUUAUCUAUCACAUACCAGACUCGACAUUGCAUUUGCAGUUAGCGUGGUAAGCCAACGCAUGCAUUCACCCAAAAAGACUCACCUUGAUGCCGUGUACAAGAUCCUUAGGUAUCUCAAGGGCUCUUCGAGCAAAUGACCCCUCUUCAAGGCGUGUGAAAGUAAGGAAGUAAAAGUUUUCACAGAUGUAGAUUGGGCUGGAUCAACAGAAGAUAGAAGGUCUACCACCAGAUAUUGCACCUUUGUAUGGGAAAAUUUGGUGACUUGGAUGAGUAAAAAAUGUAGUGGCUCGAAGUAAUGCUGAGGUUGAAUUCAGGGCAACUGCACAAGGGAUAUGUGAAGGACUGCGGUUAGGGAAACUCUUAGAGGAGUUACAUGUCACGGUAAAGUUCCCUAUCAAACUCUAUUGUGAUAACAAAGCAGCCAUUCGCAUCUUUCUCAAUCUAGUCUAGCAUGACAGAAUCAAACAUGUAAAGGUGGACAGACACUUUAUUAAGGAAAAAUUUGAAGAAGGAACCAUUUGCAUGACUUAUGUUCCUACCAAAGAACAAACAACCGACAUUUUCACUGAAGGACUACCUCGACAAAGUUUUGAUGAUUUCACAUACAAGUUGGAUAUGAUCAACAUUUAUGAUCCAACUUGAGGGGGAGUGUAGAAAUCCUGAACAUUAUUAGAGAAUUCCGAGAAUAAAGGGUCAAUAAUAUGAGAGAUUGUAUAGGGAUUUAUUGGGCAUAUUUUAUGCAUUUAUUCUAGGCAAUUCUUUCCUUGUUAAUAUGCGAUUGUAUUGUAUAUAGAGAGUUGUGGUUGUACAAAAAUCAAUUCAAGAAAUACAGAAAUUAUUCAUUCUGAUUUCAGGUGUACUGUUCAUUUCUUCUUCAAUGCUUCUUAUGAAUCUUUUUAUUUACUUUUUCCACUUUUUGCAGCUAAAAACUGAGGGUAUGCCCUGACCCUACAGCUAGAAACUGUGAAGUAGAAUAAACAUAACUUAUGGAAAAAAUUAGACUGAGUUUUUUUUAGUUCAUUUCAUGUGCUUUGUUUGCAAAGAAUACUAAGAUGCAUAGCUUGAAAUUUUCUGUUGAAACUUCUGAUUUUUUGUGCUAAUAGCUUGGGAAUAAGUGUGUCUUGUGUGAAAACGCGAAUCAUGUGGGAAAUACUCACAAUCAGAGUUAAAUUUUGAGGUUUGAAUUGAACCCUAAGGGUAAGUCAUUUGAAUGGACUGCAUGUUAAGAAGCUGGUUUGAAAUUCAAACCCCCUCCCCCUCCCUUUGGGGCCACCAUCUUGCCUAUUCUGGAAGUUUUUUUUUUUAAUUAUUUUAUUUAUUUUUUAUUUAUUAUAUAUAUAUUUUUAUUUUUUUCAAUGUUGCAACUGAAGCUGCUGAUAGGAAAAGCGGAGGUUAUGUUUGGCUCUGAUACCAUAAAUGAUAAAACAAGAAUGCUGGAGAUAUUUAUAUAAGUAACUGUACAAUUGUUGAGGAUCUGUUUACAGCUGUCUAAUGUCUAUAGAAUCGGAUUUACAGGAAACUAUAAACAAGGAAAUGUAUUAAUGAGAUAUACAUGGAAAGCAAAUAAUUUUGUAGCCAUUGGGGACUCCUGUAAUCAAGUUAAAGGUCAUCCUUCCAAUGGAGCUCCUAUCUGACAGUGGUCGUUUGCACACAUCUAGCAAAAGAUUUAUCUAUCUACACAAAUGUCUGACUCACAAAAGGGAGCUUCUUCCUCUGUUGAUGCAAAGAAGAAAACCCCUUCUCAAGAUGAGGAAAUUGGAAAGGAAUUUCUCAGCUCGUGGAAGUCUAUGUCUGUGACAGAUGAUGCAAUGGAUUUUGACUUUGAAACAGUCACCCAGGGCAAGAAAAAGACAUUUAGCUUUGAUAAACUGGAUAUGGAUUUCAAUCUUGAUGGCGGUUUUGACAAGAUAUCAUCAUUCAAAGUAGAUAUGCCAGACCUUGAUUUCUCUUGCCAACCAAAAAAGACUGGAAAAGCCAAGGAAAGAUCAGAAGAUUCAACCAGUGGAAAUCUUCAACCAAAGCAAGACCAUUUUGCCUUCUCCUUUGAUUUUAAUGAUGAUAAAUUGGAAAAAGAAAGUAGAGUCAUCGAUUCAAAGUUUUUUAAGAGAUUUGAAGAAUUGCAUCAAGCAUCAUCAACUUGUUCUAAUAUUGUCUCACGUGGCGGCAAAAGUGUUGGAACAACACAUUUAAGUUCUGCUGAUGAGAGAAGGGAGGAAUUCAAUGCUGAUGAUACACCAAUUGGGAACAAACCAGUAGUGAGAUCACAUAGUACAGAAAUAACAGAUGAGAAACAUGCUUUACUGGGAAAUGAAAAUAGUGUUAAUGAUCUUAGCAGUAUUAGGGACAGAGUGUGUUCUGAUGAUGCACAAAAUGGGAGCAAACUGGUUGGCUGUUCUGGUCCACAUGAUAAAGAUGUAACACAAGGUGAACCUCUUCUGCUGGGAAGUGAAAAAGUUAAUGUUCAAAAAACUUCCAGUGCUCCAGUUAAUUGUUCUGGCUCAACUGGGCAGACAAUUAAAUCUAGCACCCAGAAAUGUGUAAAUCCUAAACUUAUGGUUUCAAGCAUGGCAUCUAAGCGGACAUUAAGUAUUUCUUCCCUUGAAGGGAUUAAAUUUUCUUCUCUUAAAGCUGCCAAGAGGACACCUGACCAGUCUAGUUUAAAGAGUUCAAGGACGGUGGGUUUGAACAAGGACCUGUCAAGUUCUACAUUUCAUAGACGAACUAAAUCCUUGCAAAAGACAGAGCAAGACGAGCAAGUACAAGGACACGUGGCAUUCAGGACAGCCUCUUCUGUUACCCCAGAGAAACGAACAAGACCAACUUUAUCUUUGAAAAGGAAAACAUUAGAGGAAACAAAUGUGGAUCCAGUGGCCCUAAACCCACCAAAACGUCUCUCUGAAUCACCCAAUGAAAGCAGAAAACUGAAGGGAGCUUCAGGUGGAUUGAUUGCUGAACAGUGUAUCAAAUGAGCCUUUUGUAUCUUUUUAUUUUUAUAUUUUUGGGAUCUAUCAAAUGAGCCUUUUGUAUCUUUUUAUUUUUAUUUUUUUGGGAUCCUUUCUGUUAAAUCUUUAUUCAAGAGAGAAGGUUAAAGCCGUAUCUCAAA